AUGCUCAUCGACAACUCUAAUACGACCGAAGAUUGCCUCCACCUGAAUAUUUGGGCCCCUAUUCAUAAACAUUCCAAGGACUACAACAAGACAGUGAUGGUCUACUUCUAUGGCGGUUCAUUCAUGCACGGCGGCAACAGCUAUUUCUUUUACGAUGGGCGUUACGUCUCGGGACUUGGUAACGUCAUUGUCGUAGUACCAAAUUACAGGGUUGGAGUACUAGGAUUCCUGAACGCGGGAAUACGCGGUGCAAGUGGCAAUGCUGGGCUCUACGAUCAAAUCUUGGCACUGACUUGGGUCAAAGAAAAUAUCAUGUUUUUUGGUGGUGACCCAGAGAAGGUUGUUCUCUUCGGACAAAGUGCAGGGGCCAUCUCAAUCAGUUACCUCCAGUUGUCGCCGAUGGGACGUCACCUGUUUCGAAGGGCCAUCCUGCAGAGCUGUUCCGCGCUAGUUCCAAUACCGGAAAACAGCAAUGCUGCCGCGACAGAAAAUUUCCGCGAGAUCGCCAAGGCCACCAAUUGUAGCAGAAACUCUCCCGAUGGAGAGUUUUCUGCUGAUAUCACGGUGGCGUGUAUGAGAAACUUAGACGCCAAGAACCUUUCGAGCGUCAAGGGUGUCUACUUCUAUCCGAGCUUUUACGACGAAGUUCUUCCAGACACACCCUUACGGCUACUCGAGAACGUGUCCAACUUCAGCGGCCAUGACAUCCUCCUGGGAAACACGCUCCGCGAGGGCGAUAUGAUGUUUGAGGCCAGCUUCCACCAGUCUCUCCAAUCCAGGACUAAGCUGAGCAUUGAUGCCAUAAUGCGAGUGUACAAUUUCUUUUACAAGCGUUCAACGUUUGUUCAAGCCCUUUUGACACUGGCAAACCUGCAACGCCUCUACGAUGUGAGCAGCAGCACCUACGAGGGGUUUCGAGACGCAAUCGGGGACGUACUGUUCAACUGUCCCACGAAGUACUUCGCGGAAGUCUUCGCCAAGAAGAACGGCCGGGCGUUUUAUUACGUGUUGGCCCACAAGCCCUCGUUUAGCGUGUGGAACUCUCCAGUGGCUACUCACACAGAUGACGUCUCCCUGCUCUUUGGGGUGCCAUUCAUGCUGCCCCAUUUGGCCACCGAUAAGGAACGCGACCUGAGCAGACGGCUUAUUGUCAUCUGGACUGCCUUCGCAAAAACAGGGUGCGUAUAG